UCUUUAGAAAAAAAAAUAACUUUUUUUUUUUUUCCUUGAAAACGUAUGUAGAGAGGUGAAGAGACUUACACAGUGCCAUGGCCGUGGCUUCUGCUAUGGACUUAUCUCCUCCAACGUUCUUCUUAUCCGGAACUUCUUCAUCUUCAUCUUCUUCUUAUUCGUCUCUUCGUCGUCUCUCCUCCGUCUCUGUCUCUAGAUACCGCCGUCACUCUUAUCAUAAGUUACAGCUACUUUGCCAGGCCACAGCCGGGACUGAGCCUCAGAGCGGUCUCUCUGCCUCUGGCUCCAAAUUAGCCGCUCGUUCUGGUCAAGACCGUUUCUUGAAGGUUCCGAUUUCGAACAUCAGGAAUUUUAGUAUUAUAGCUCAUAUUGAUCAUGGGAAGUCUACGUUAGCGGAUAAGUUGCUUCAGGUGACUGGUACUGUUCAGAACAGAGAUAUGAAGGAACAGUUUCUUGAUAACAUGGACUUAGAGAGAGAACGAGGCAUCACUAUCAAGCUUCAGGCAGCUCGAAUGCGUUAUGUUUUUGAGGAUAAACCAUAUUGCCUCAACUUGAUAGAUACUCCAGGUCAUGUUGAUUUCUCUUACGAGGUUUCCCGAUCUCUUGCUGCUUGCGAGGGUGCUCUUCUUGUUGUGGAUGCAUCCCAGGGUGUGGAAGCACAAACAUUGGCUAAUGUGUAUUUGGCCUUGGAAAACAACCUCGAAAUUAUUCCUGUUUUGAAUAAGAUUGACCUUCCAGGCGCUGAGCCAGAGAAAGUUCUCAGGGAGAUUGAGGAGGUUAUUGGGUUAGACUGUAGCAAAGCAAUAUUCUGCUCGGCAAAGGAGGGAAUUGGUAUUACGGAGAUUUUGGAUGCAAUUGUUCAAAGGAUACCUGCACCUCGUGAUACUGCAGGAAAUCCCUUAAGAGCUUUAAUUUUUGACAGUUACUAUGAUCCAUAUCGUGGUGUCAUUGUAUACUUUCGAGUUAUCGAUGGCAAAGUGAAGAAAGGCGACAGAAUUUUUUUCAUGGCAAGCGGAAAGGAUUACUUUGCGGAUGAAGUCGGAGUUCUGUCUCCAAAUCAAAUUCAAGUGGAUGAAUUAUAUGCGGGUGAGGUGGGAUACAUUGCGGCUUCUGUCAGAUCUGUUGCAGAUGCCAGGGUAGGAGAUACAAUAACACAUUAUAGCAGAAAGGCAGAAAGUUCUUUACCUGGUUACGAGGAAGCUACCCCUAUGGUGUUCUGUGGCCUUUUUCCAGUUGACGCUGACCAGUUUCCUGAUCUUCGCGAUGCAUUGGAAAAACUGCAACUCAAUGAUGCUGCAUUGAAGUUUGAGCCUGAAACUUCAAGUGCCAUGGGUUUUGGCUUUAGAUGCGGUUUCUUGGGUCUUCUCCACAUGGAAAUUGUGCAGGAAAGGCUCGAGAGGGAAUACAACUUAAAUCUAAUUACUACAGCUCCAAGUGUUGUUUAUAGGGUGAACACUGUAAAUGGUGAUACUACUAUGUGCUCAAAUCCAUCUCGCCUUCCAGAUCCUGGGCAAAGGAAAUCGGUCGAAGAGCCAUACGUUAAGAUUGAGCUACUUACACCAAAAGAAUAUAUCGGUGCGCUUAUGGAGCUCGCUCAAGAGAGAAGAGGGGAGUUCAAAGAAAUGAAGUAUAUAGCAGAAAACAGAGCUUCUAUCCUCUAUGAGUUACCUCUUGCAGAGAUGGUGGGAGAUUUCUUUGACCAAUUGAAGUCGAGAACCAAGGGAUAUGCUAGCAUGGAAUACUCAGUUAUUGGGUACAGGGAAAGCGAUCUAAUAAAACUCGAUAUUCUGAUAAAUGCUGAAAUGGUGGAACCUUUAUCAACCAUCGUACACAGGGAUAAGGCAUAUUCUGUUGGGAGAGCUUUGACUCAAAAACUGAAAGAGCUUAUUCCACGACAAAUGUUUAAAGUGCCUAUCCAGGCUUGUAUAGGAUCCAAGGUGAUUGCUAGUGAAGCACUCUCAGCAAUCAGAAAAGAUGUUUUGGCCAAAUGUUAUGGUGGAGACAUUUCUCGGAAGAAGAAGCUUCUUAAGAAACAGGCGGCAGGUAAAAAGAGAAUGAAAGCCAUAGGUAGAGUUGAUGUCCCUCAAGAAGCUUUUAUGGCCGUUCUCAAACUUGAACGAGAAGUAUUGUAACAUUUUUGUGGGGUUCUCCAUAAGUCACUCAAGAUCAACUACAUCAUCGAUAAACGUCUCUAAGGAUAAUCUGCAUCACUUGAUGGGCAUCUCCAAGACUCCAACGAUAGGGAAGAAUGCCACUUGAGAUUAGAGAAGUCUUUCCAUGGGUUGUUUGGAUGAUAACGUAUAAAUAAAUUGUCCUUGGUGUGCCAUUAUAUAGUUGGAGUAAUUGAAAAAUGUGACUGGCCUACCUUGGUGUCCUUUUUUGCAUGUGACGUGCGAAAAUCUGUCUUUCAUUUUCCGACUAUUAUUUAUUUUUCACUAUCAACCUAAAUCUUUUGGUUUCUAGAAGACUAGAACAACCUUUUUGGUCCUAACAAAACAUCCAGUGUCGGCUUAGGUAGAUGUAAGUUUCAUUAUAUUGAUUACAAUCAUAACAUAGCUGUAAGCAUGUAACAUAUAGUUAUGGAUGUUAAAAGUGGGUUAAAACCUACUGGGUACCCGAAACCCAUGUUUAAUAUUGAGUAUGCAGACCAAGUCUCCCGUAACAGGUAAAACAUUACAAUUUUUUUUUUUUGCUAA